AAGUAAUGCUACUUGUUUAAAAUCUAUUUUGAAUUUAUUAUUUGUGUAAGAGUUUAAAAUAUAGAAAGUAUGUUGCUGAUUGUAUUGCUAUUGAUGUUAUAUCCAAGCGAAGGAAUUUGUGGAUCUUGUUGGUUCAAUGACCAUACUUUUUACUGCAGCAAAAUAAAUCAAGACCAGUUUUUGUACGAAUUAUUUAACCAAGAAGACUAUUUAUCAAGUAAUUAUAUAAAUACGAUAAUAAUUGAAGACUCCAAGUAUGAGACCAUUGCUGACUUUCCUAACUUAAGUGAUUUGUUACCAAAUAUAACUAUAACAGAUUUAGCCAUCCGCAGGUCAUCUGUAAAGAGUAUAUCUGACAGCAUCUUCACAGUAUUUAGUAAGUUGGUAAAUCUGGAUUUAAGUGAAAAUUACAUAGAUAAUGUUGCGUUUUGCGCUGGUUUGCCAGAUUCCGUUAAGAUAGCGAAUCUAAGUCAUAAUAAUAUUUCUAUUAUUGAUAUAAGUAAAAGACAAGUAGUUUUAGAUUACCUAGACUUAAGUUAUAAUAAUCUUACCAAGUACACCGAGUAUACCACUGAUCGGGAUUUCAUGGGAAAAUCUCUUGACCUAAGUUAUAACACAUAUUUAAGUGAUGUAUACGUUUUAGGAAAAAAUGAUCUAUACAUUUUAGGAUGUAAUGUUCAAAAUUUUGUUGAUCAUUUAAAAGUACAAAAAAUGUUUACUAACUUUAUGCCAUACUCUAGUAAACUUAUUGUUUUUGAGUUGUUUGACAUUUCUCAUACAAAUUUAAAUUCUUUAGUAACUGAAAAAAUAUCACCUAACAUUUUCUGUCAAAGUAGUUCUGCAGUAAUAGAUUUUUCCAAUACCAAUCUUACCACAAUACCAGAAAAUUUUUUUGAUUUUGACUCAGACUGUUUUGAACUGAAUCUUAGUUACAAUAACCUAUCAAAGUUAGAUAGUCCUAUACUAGGGAAAACAACAUUGAAAAAAAUAAAUAUUUCCUUUUCCGAAAUAAAAAGUAUCUGGACUAUAUUUUCUAAAGCACAAAAUCGUAUAGGUGAAAUAAAUUUAACAGGAAAUUAUUUAGAUCAAAGUAUUUGUGAUACUGAGCUUGGAGAUAAUUUGACUGACCUGUAUUCUCUUGAUAUGUCAUUAAACAGUCUAUCAGAAGUUACGUCAAAUACGUUUAGACGUUGUGUUAAUUUAAAAUACAUAAAUAUGUCACACUGCUUAAUAGAACAUGUUGCAUCCGAUAGUUUUAAAUUGUUAAGAAAUAUAGAAUCUAUCAAUCUAAGCAAUAAUAAAAUACUAGUCAUAGAAUCAAGUACUUUCUACAACCUGAAAAAUUUAACAGCUGUAGAUCUUUCUGAAAACUAUUUGGAAGCCAUAAAAGAAAACGCUUUCUCCAACUUAGACUCCCUUGAGACAAUAAUAUUUUCUAAAAGUAAUUUGACUAAACGUAAUGGACUAACUAUUCAUAGUGGUGCUUUUCAAGACUUAAGUAAACUGAAUGGACUGCAACUCUCAGGAUUGGGAAUUGAGCAAAUAAAUAACGGUGCAUUUAAAAAUAUGUUAAACUUAAAUAUCAUUGAUUUAAGGAAUAAUUAUUUUAAUUCCAUAGGUGGUACAUUUUCCAAUAUCCAGGCCCAUGCACUAUAUUUAGGAGAAAUAUCUGAUCUAAUAUAUUUUGAUUCAACCAUCAAUAUUGCUCAUUUGUUUCUACAAAUACACCAAAAUUUAUUAUUAAGUGAACAAUUUCUUGUGAGCAUUAACUUAAAAAAUUUACAUAUCUUAGAUUCUUAUAUUUAUGGUAUAUCGGAUAAUUUUCUAUUAGGCUCAUAUAAAUUAGAAUAUAUGGACUUCAAAAAUACAACUGUACAAAUAACUUCAGAUACCAAAGUUUUUACUGGUUUAUUUAACUUGUUGGAACUGAAUGCAACAAUUUUCUUCAAAGAUUUAGACGUUCUAGAGGACUUCACGUUUAAAGAUUUACAUCACCUAAAGUCUCUGCAUAUGUCAAAUGGUAAGUUGAGGAAAAUCGAAAAGGAUGCUUUCUUUGGGCUUAACAACUUACAACAUUUAUUCCUAAAUAACAAUAAGAUUGAAUAUUUGGAUCCAGCACUUUUCAGAAAUCUUAGUCUCAUAUCUAUAUUGGAUUUAUCAAACAAUGCUUUAGAAACUAUAGAUUUAUUGUCUUUAACUAAUGAACUACCAUACUUAAAAAGUUUGAAUUUAGGUCAUUGUCAACUGAAAAAUUUGAGUGAAUCAAAUAAGAUACUGCACAAAAACUUGGAGACGUUAAUUUUAUCAAAUAAUAUGUUAACAGAAAUAUCUGAAAUUGUUAUUCAGUCGUUUCCAAACAUACGGAUUUUACAUAUGCAACAAAAUAUGUUGCCAGAUUUUUCCAGUCUAUAUUAUUCCACAAAUAUAAAGGAACUAAGAGUAGAUGGCAACAAUUUAUUAUAUCUGCUUGAUAUGAAUAAUGGAAAUCGCUUACAAUUUUUAAAUAUCUCCAAUAACCCAAAUUUGGGGGUAAACGUGCAAAUAAAUUAUUAUAAUGGAUAUUCACAUGUGGAGACAUUUUUAAUGGAUAAUACUGGCAUAAGAAUUACAUAUACUGGAUUGAUAGAUGAUUUUGGUAAGCACUUUCCAAGUUUAGAACAAGUAGGAAUUAACUAUAACCAAUACAAGUGCGAUGAUUUAAAAAAAAUUUUAGAAACAAUGGACCUACGAAAUGUAAAUUAUAUGCCAGAUAAUCCUAGGUAUGACAUUGAUAAUAUCGAUGGAAUAACCUGUUUAGGCGAUAAAACAUCAUCAAUAUCGUCAUCUACUAUGACCGCACCCACUGCACUCUCGGCCAGAGACAAUACAUUAUAAUUAUCAGUUCCUGAGGGUUUAAUUACUAUCAUCAUGUCCGCACCAGUGCGCAUUAAAAUAAGAUUUUGUUUCUACAAUUAUUAUUAUAGGCCAGAAAUGAAGCUGAAAAAAUGGCAAAACCGCGCAAUUUUUUCGUCCAGCAUCGAUUUGUACAAAAACUUGGGAUUUGGCUCAUUUUAAACUCUAGUUCAUUUUCUGUAUUGAGCCGUUGUACGCUUUUGGUUUUUUAGGGGUGAAAACUACCCCUAAUUGUAAAAAAUUAUAAAAUAAUAUUUUAAACUUUAUUAUGGUCAACAUUUGGUUUUCAUUACUUAAAUAAUGAUUGUUUUAUGCUUUAGAAUAUAAUAUCAUAAUAUUUCAACCCCUAAAACCACCCUUGUUGGAGCUAUGUAUAAAGAAUUGAUUUAUCCUAAAAUAAUGAUCUAGGCUUGCAUCGAUUUGCAUAAAAAGGUGGGAUUAGGAUCAUCUAACCCUGUACUUGAUAUACUAUAUCGUGUUUGAGGGCGUUGAUUACUUUUAGUGGUGUAAACUACCCCUUAUUUUCAAAAAUGAUACAAAAACAUUUUAAACCAUAACAUGGGUAAAAUUGUGUUUUGAUUGAUUCAAUAAUGAUUGUUUUAUGCCUUAGGACAUAAUAUCAUAAUAUUUUAACCCUUAAAAACCACCCUUAAUAGCAUUGCAAUUUUUAUAAUUAAUUUAAUAGAUCUUUACAGAAAAAAAGGUAGCAGUACGAAUUUACAAAUACAAAAAUACAAAUUCAAAUAUUUUUUUAGUCAUCUUCAUCGAGAUCGAUAUUUAUCAUCUUCGUCUUCUUUCGAAUUUUCAAGCUAUUCGAAUUUUUUGAAAAAAAAAAUAGUUUUAUAAACAUAUCGCUCCUUAAUUUUUGGUGAUAAAAAGUUUUUUCAAAAACGAUUUUUUGGGGAUUUUAAAGAGCUAUAAGAAUAUGUAAAUUAAAUUCCCUUAGAUCCGUUAGUUUUUAAGUGGGGUGAGUUUAAAGUGCUUGAAUAAGGGGUUGUUUGCUCGUCAAUAGAGGUUUUAAACAGCUAUACCCCACUAAAUAGUCACAGAGAAAACCAAUGCACAGAAAAAUUUUAGUUGUUAAAAAAGCUACAAUUUAGUAUAGUCCAUGUAAUGAAGCUUAAAAUAGGACAAAACCUCGCAAUUUUUACAGAAUGGAUCGAUUUGCUUGAAAAUUUGAGAAUAAGUAGUGGAUAGUCCAAGUAUCAAAAUCUAUAUCAUGCCGAAAGGCGCUUUUACCAUCGGGUUGGUUGCGACCCCAUCUCAGGGGUGGAAAUUUUUAUUAUAUUUUGACCGCAAGUGUUGGUAAAAACAUUAAUAAACAAAAACGUUCUAUAUAUUUUUUUGAUAACAUUAAUAGUUUUAUCAAAAAAGUUUUCGUUUUAUCAAAAAAACUUUAGUUAAAACAAGUACCUUUUGAAACAAGAAUGUGUGUGUACUUUGUACGCACGUAAGAAGUUAUACUUCUACUACAUAUUAUGUGAUUUUUAAGACAAUACCAAAAAUUUAAAAAAAUAAAAGAAUAAAACGCACACAAACACAUUGAAAAAUGCCACAAAGGAAAAAGAUUUCUGAACGAUAAUAAUUGUUGGCAAAAAUUUUAAAUACGCAUUUUCUGAAAAAAAAAAUUAUAUAGCAAAUAUACUUACAAUCAUAACAUGCAUAAAAAAAUAAAAAAAUAAAAACUUGCAUCGGGAAUUGAACCCGUGAAUUUGGUGGCGCUUUGAUUCGUAAUCGAAGCGUAGACUCACUCGUCCAAUCCCACAUUAUUUAUCACGUGGAAAAAUACGGUAACUGAACGUUUUACUGUUUGACAGUUGUUUUGAAAAUUAAAUUAUGUAGUUUAAAUUUUAUGGAAGAAAAUAUAAAAAUAUAACAAAACAGUAAGAAAACAAUAUAUUAGAUGAAGAUUGGUAGAACUUUUGUUGGUAAUCAAAUUAAGUAUGUAAAUCAAAGCAUUACAUACCUACUAGAUAAAUAAAUCUACGCCAAAAAAUCAUAAUUUAAAAAUAAAAAUCGAACCUAAUUUGGGAUUUCUCUCUAAAAUCCGCAUUAUUGAGAAAAUAAAUGUAUGUAUUUCAACCUAAUCCAAAUGUAUAAUUACAAUAUGAUUAUAAUAAAAACUACUUACCAAAUUUGAAUGAGUUUUCCUUGUCCAAAAUAGUCCAAAAGUCCAAAAAUAUAGGUAUAUGAAAACUAUUUAAAAAGGCAGUAUAACUAUUAACUAACUUUUGUUUGUUGUUUCUUUUCACACAAAUUUUAAAAUGCAACAACCAUAAAUAAUCUAACUACAGCUGUGCCACAGCCGCCAUAUUGAAUAAUUUUUGACAUGUCAUUUGAACAUCCAAUCAGAACAAAGUUAUAAUGCGCAUGCGCCCGGUCGCUAGGUUUUACCAUAUAAAAAUUCACCCUCUAUCGCCGGUAAAGAAGUAUAACUUCAAUAAUAAACAAAACUGUUUUUUUUUUUAUUUUCUCUAAGACCAAUAGUAAUCGGCUAUAAUUUAUUAUAUUUAUGUUGGCUAUUCUUCGUCAAAUGCUAAAUAUUGUAGUUUCAAAGUCAAAGAACGGGAAAACUAUGCAUUUUUGAGAAUAACUUUUUCAAACUAAUUUAAAAUAUUUAAAAAUAUGUAUCUCAAGAAAUAAAAAAAAUCUCCAGCUAAAAAAAUUAAGUGAUAUAAUAAAAAGAAAAUUUCUAUUUUUUCCAGCAAGAGAGUGAUGGUAAACAACCCCCUAAUCACCACCCUAAUUAAAAUUUGUCAUUGACCUGAUUUGGUUUUCUUGGUAUUGUUAGUAGGUUCUAGAAGUUUAAUAGUUUAAUCGGCUUAGAAUGAUUAGUUUUUAAAAAAAUUGAGUUUAAAGCGAAUAACGAGUUUUUGUAGCUUGGUAAAAAAUGUCCUUUUCUUCAGAAUAGAAAGAUUAGCAUCAGAGAUACGGAAAAAUAUUUAAAUAUGAAAUUGUAGCUUAUGUAAUUUUCAAGAACUUGGUUUGCAAAAAUUUUUUUACGGCAAAAAUUAAUUGAUUGGUUGACUUACUUGUUAAGGAAGGACAAUCAUAAUUGUCCUAUCUUACAUUUCGAACAUUUGUACUAAUUGUAGUGGCAUUUUCUGCCGCUGAUCACAGUUUAAGGAAGAAGAAUAAGAAAAAAGAAGAUAUUAGGCUUCUUGACACGUGACGUGGGCACAUCACUGUUUUUUUUUCUUUUUUGAUCGCACAAAAACGGGUGGGUUCGAAAGAAUCAAAGGGAGGGAGCGUACAAAUGUUCGAAAUGUAAGAUAGGACAAUUAUGAUUGUCCUUCCUUAACAGGUAAGUCAACCAAUCAAUUAAUUGUCCUUCAAAUUACAUUUCGAACAUUUGUACUAAUUGUAGGCUGUUGAAAGAUUAAGCAAUAUUGUGCGAUAAUUAAACAAAACUACAUUGCAAUCCAAAAAUCGAUAUUUUACAUUUUUUUUUAUUAGGAACUUUAUAAAAAAAAAAAGAAAUAUUAGAACAAUUAAGAGUAAUGUUUUUAAAACAUAUAAUUACCAAUGUAUAACAAACAAUAAACAAACGCAGAAGCAUAUAAUAUGGACUAAACAGACAAUAUAGUUUUUGCAAAGAGUCCGUAAUCUUUUGCUAGUAAGUAAGUUUAUUAUAAAAAAUAUUAAAUACUUGAGAAUUUUCUGUCCAUCCCGCCGUCUCUCUAAUAGUUUCUAUACUUAUUUAAUCUAGCCUAGCUCCUGCUGACGUAGAUGCUUGUCUAACACUAUACCCUUUAAAAAUAUUGGUGUCUAUGUUACAUAAUUUUAAAACAUCUUUUAGCCAUCUACUCAAAGUCUGCGUAGAUGCUGCUUUAUAUGGUUUUUUUAUUGUUAUAAACAACUUGUCCUCUGAUUGAAGAUGAAUAUUUUUAGAAAUCUCUAAAUAGUGACAUAAAGUCGAUGCUACACACAACUGUGGUUUUUCUUUAAAAUAGAGAAAUCUUAAAAUAGGUUGAUUUUUAUUUUUCGAAGAAGUCUUUAUCCUAUCUGGUAUCAAAAUCGCAAUUUUAUCUUGAUCCAUGAAAAUAUUUUGUAUUUUUAUUAGAGAUAGGGAUUGCAACCUGUGAGCUGUAGUCAGAGCAAUCAACAUUACAAGUUUGCAAGUAAGUUCUUUCAAGGAAAGACCUGUGGGAGGAAAUAAUGUUUCUAAAUAAAAUAAUACUGGUUGAGGGUCCCAAGUAAAUUGAUAUUUGGGCAAUGAAGGUUUGAGAUUAUAUAUACUUUUGUAAAAAUUUUUAAACAUGUUUUUAUGAUUUUCUGGUAUAUCUAUUAUCAAUGCCAAUGCAGCUCUAUGAAUGUUUGUAGAACUAUAUGUAUAAUCCUGAUCUACGAUAUAUUUAAUAAAAUUAAUAAUAUUUGAUAAUUCAUAAGCAAAAGGGUCCAUAUUUUUUUCUAUACUAUACCUCCACCUUCUCUUGAAAACUGUAUCAUGUAAAUUUAGUUUUUUUUGUUGUAAUAGAUGCAAUCACAAUUGCGAUGGAAUGCUCAGGAAUACCUUUUCUUAAAAAAUCUUGCCUGACAAACAUGCGAUAGUCAGGGUAAGAUGUUGGUGUCCCGGAUAUGAAAGCCUAAAAGGGUUCAAAAUUAAAUUUUUAUCAGGUCCUAAAAUUAUCUUUUUGCCUGAUAUCAGUUUAUUAAAGGUUGGUUACCAAAUCUGAUUUGGCCAUUCUGCUACUACCACAAUUCCUACUGCUUUGUCACAUAUGAUUUUUUCUAAAACUCUUGGAAUAAUAGCAAAAGGUGGAGUGGACAAGCAUAAAAUUUUAAUCCAUGCCAAUCUAUAGUGAAGGCAUCAACUUUCUCCGAUUCGGGGUCAGGUUUCCAAGAUACAUACCUUGCACAUUUUUUGUUAAGAUAUGUGGCAAACAAAUCGAUUUCUGGAAUAUGAAGCUGCUUAAAAAUUAUAUUAACACAAUUAUCACUUAAAGAAUACUCUGUUCCUAUUUUCAAAGAUCUUGACUCUGAAUCAGCAAUAAUAUUUUCUUUUGUACUGAUAUAAGAUGCAAGUAUUUUAAAUUUCUAUUUUCACGGUAUUGCCAAAUUUCUCUGCAAAUGUUGUUAAGAUUAGAGUAUUGCACACUCCCCAUCUUGUUAAUACAAGAUACAGCUGUUGUGUUAUCUAUUCUUAGCAAAAUAUUACAAUUCCUAUAUUCCUUGGAAAAGGAUUUCAAGUCAUUAUAUGCUGCCAAUAACUCAAGAACAUUUAUAUGUAGUUCUCGCUGUUCAUAACUCCAAAAACCAUGAGUUUUAUUAUCAUUACCGCAUGCUCCCCAUGCUAAAAUAGAUGCAUCACAAAAUAUUUCAAGUACAUAAUUAGAUUCUUUUAUAUUUUGUUCACUAAUUGGUAUGUUAUGUACCUAACCACCAAUUGAAAUCGUUUUACAAGUAUUUAGGUAUGGUCAUUUUUGUGUUAAAACUAUUAGUUUUAGAAAGAGCAAGCCACUUUUCUUUUUCUAAAUUUUUUAAGUAUAAUGUUCCAUAUUUAACUGAAGGACAAACUGCUACCAACUGACCGAUUAAAGCUGCAAAUGAUCUUAUCAUACAUGUACUUUUAUUUUUGAUGGUCUGAAUACUAUUAAUUAUUUUUUCUUUUUUGUCAGCAGGAGCAAAAUAUAUCAUUUUAUUAGAAUCAAACGUAAAACCAAGAAAAGUUAUAAUUUGUGUGGGUGAAAGUAUACUUUUUCUUUAUUUAUAGUAAAUCCCAGGCGGGAAAACAUUGACCAAGUUUCAACAAUAUUUUCUUUAAAUUUCAAAUAUGAUUUUGAAAUCAGUAAAGUGUCAUCUAAAAAAAUGACAGAAGUAAAGCCUCUUGUUUUUAGAUUGUUUAAGGCUCGUUUUAAGGUUUUCGUAGAUAUAAAAGGCGAGAUACUCAAACCAAAUGGUAAGCAGUUGAAAUGAUAUAGAAUAUUUUUGUACUCAAAUUUUAAAUAUAUUUUUUUAAAUUUUCAUGAAGAGGAAUAGCAAAAUAGGCAUCUUGUAAAUCUACUUUUGCCAUAAAACAACCCUUGAAAAUGAGCUUGAGAACUGACCUAUAGUCUUCCAACUUAAAAUGUGGGGCUUCUAUAAAGCAAUUUAACUGUUUUAAAUUUAAAACAAAUCUAUGACUUUCGUCCUUUUUGGGCACUAGAAAAUAUGAAGAAAGGAAUUGCUCUCUUGUAUGUGAAGAAGGAGAAAUAGCUCCCUUAUCAAGUAAUUGCUUUAUAGCUAAAUCAUAGGACUCAUUUCGGUCUAUGAAAAACUUUUGGUGCUCUCUCUUGAGACGGUGUUGUUUUAAAUAAAAUAUUAAAACCUUGGACCCAACUUAAAACUUUGAUGUCUGAAGUAAUCUUUUUCCGGUUUUUAAAAUAAUUAGCCACAUUUCCUGCUGAUUUUUUAUUUACCUUUAGUAUGACCUCCUGGUUGUUCUGGUUGGGUUUUGGUGCUGUUGUCUGCUCGACUGUUUGUAUCUCGAUGUUGGUUGAGGAUGAUUUGGGUAGUGGCUUUGUCGAAAUCUUGGUCUGUUUGAGGCUGGAUUGAAGUUUAAACUCUGCUGAUUGAAGUUGUUAGAUUCUGUAAGAACUCUUGUUGUAUGCUGAGUGGUAAAAACAGCUUGGCGUUGUGGCGCAGUCUUCGGACAAAAAGUGGCUUUUUGUGGCUUCAUUAUAGAGCUGACUUGAAAAGCUGCCGAUCUUGCAUCUUUGCUUUCUUUCAAUAUUUCAAUCAAAUUCUCCCAAAUAAAUAUUUAUCUAUAGGUUGCUCGUCUAAUAAUUUUUUAAAUUUUAAAUUUAAUGAAGAACUGAGCAAAAAUCUUCUGUGCAAGGACAUCUUAUAAAACACUUCUAUAUUGAAGUUUAUGGAAUUGGCAAUUGUUUCGAUAUUCCUUUUUUUUUUUUUUUUUUUUUUUUUUUUUAAUCCUAAUUCGACCUCUUUAUAAAGGGACAUAAUACUUGCAGCUAAAAUUGUUUGCAUAGUUUGCAAGUAUUUAUCUUCCCUAAUUUUAUUUUUAUCUUUUAUGGCAGAUAAAAACUCAGAAUUUAACUGAGGUGGGCAAAGUCUUUCGCAGUUUGUAGCAGGUAAGAAUUUUUCUGUAAGUUUACCCACAAUACUUUUGUCUAAGCCUUUGGAAAGAGAAUAGUUUAGCCUUUUUGCUACAUCUGGCAACAUUUCAGAAGCAUUAAGGUUAGUUUUUAAUGGGUCUUCCCCAAUUAAGUUAAUCAUAUUUAGAGAAAUAGAUUAUUUCUGUGUAAGUACCUCUCCAAUGAAAAAUUCUUCUCUUUGUUGUUGGGACUCCUCAAUAAGUACUGCUGGUUGUAAAACCAAAAUCCUCAAUUAUGCUCAAAUUGCAUUGGAUCUCAUUGUCUGUAUUAUUUAGUGAAACUGACGGGCUAUGCACUUCCACAAUGGUUUCUGUAAUAUUAUUUUGAAUAUUUUGACAAAACCAAACAAAAAUUUAGUGUAAGUAAACUUGCUACGCUUGAAAAGUGAAAUCAAGGUAAAAUGUACAAAAAAAUAUUUAAAUAAAUAUUAUGUAUUGUAUUUUAAAUUUCUGGGCUACUAUAAAAUAGAGCCUAAGAAAUAGGAGCAUCUCAAAUAAAUCAUAAAGAUUUUGUGGGCUAUUAAAACAUACCCGCUCCCCUAGUAUUAUUGUUUGAAGACAAGCCAAACACAAAUUUUGUGUAAGUAACUUGCUAUUCUUGUGAUGUAAAUUCGAAGUAAAAUAUGUAAAAUUAGUUAAAUAAAAAUAUAUUCCAUUCUAUACUUCUGGGCUAAUAUAAAGUGCCUCUGAGAAAUAGAAGCAGGUCACAUAAUCAUAAAGAUUUUCUGGGCAACUUAAAAGUACCCUCUGAUUUAUUGUUAUAUCCUUAAUUAUUUAGUCUGUAUUACUUUGGACUACCUCAAGGCACCCUUAUUGAGACAAACAAUAUAAUUUUUCUUUGCAAAAUGUGACGUUUUUGCAUGUCAUUUAUGUUAACCCAUUUUCUACGAAAUAAACAUUAAUAGGAAAACCAGUGCAGUCCGGCAACAUAGUGCCUGUUUUUUAUUCGAACAGGAAGAUGGAGAAAAAACAGGCACUAUGGCAACAGAAAAAUAUAUUGAUAACAACAAAAUAAAAGUCUCCAUGUUUGAAGUUGAUUAAAAUUGUCACUUGUAAAUAAUUAAUAAAUAUAGCUAUUUAUUCACGCUAAAUUUAAUUUAACUACCAUAAGAAAAUCAAAAAAAAUAUCAUAUAAAUACCUGAGUCCUUUUCAUCCAUUUUCUCUCUCAACUUUAGCAAUUUCUGUUGCAACUCUUCAUAUUUCCGCCGCUUUCGGGAUAAACAAUCACUCUUUGAUGACCUUUUUUGGCAUUUUAAACGCUUUUUAACAAUUUUUAUAAAAUUAUUUCGAACACGCGUGUGAUCAGCCGCGCACAGAAAAAGAAAACAGUGAUGUGCCCACGUCACGUGUCAAGAAGCCUAAUAUCUUCUUUUUUCUUAUUCUUCUUCUUUAAACUGUGAUCAGCGGCAGAAAAUGCCACUACAAUUAGUACAAAUGUUCGAAAUGUAAUUUGAAGGACAAUUGAGUGAGCUAUUGACAAUUACAACUUGUAAUAUCACGCAAAAACUACCUUUACCAACCUUUUCAAUGCCAACUGUUUUUGUGACUGAGAAUUUUAAAAGGAUUUAAUAUCAAUAGCCUUAUAUAUCUUGUAAAAGCCUAUAAAAUUAUUUUUUUAAAAACUUUCUAAGACAAAAAAUGGACAAGUUAGGGUUAAAAAAUCAUUUUAUUUUUUUGAAGAAAAAAAAGGAGAAAUCCAAUUGGAAGCAUAAUAAUGCAAGUUAGCGGUAUUUUUAGUCAUUUGCCUUAAUUAUUCUUCUUUAUUUAUGUAUUGUUAAUAGAUUCUAACAGUUUGACUGGCUUAGAAUAAUUAGUUUUUUAAAAACUGAAGUUUAAAGCGAUAACGAAUGUUUGUGCAAUUUGGUAAAAACUGCCAUUGUUUUCAGAAUAGAACGAUUAGCAUCAGAGAUACGAAAAAAUGUUUAAAUAUAAAAUUGUAGAUAGGUUAUUUAAUUCUCAAGAACUUGGUUUAAUAAAAUUUGUUCUACGGCAAAAAUUGAGUGAAUCGUAAAUGAGUAUACCGUCGAAAACCAUUGAUUUUUUAGAUAUAAAACAAACACUUUCGACAUCAAAUAAAUCAAAAACUACUAACUUUAUCGCAAAAAUGUAUAGAACAUUUUUUGCUUAGAAUGAAUAUUUUUAUUAACUUUUGCGGUCAAAAUAUAAUAAAAAAAUGUCCACCUCCGAGAUGUGGUGACAACCACCCCCAUGGUAAAAGCGCGUGUCGGCAUCAUAUAGAUUUUGAUCCAUGGACCAUCCACUACUUAAUCUCAAAUUUUCAAGCAAAUUGAUCCAUUCUGUAAAAAUUUCGAGGUGAAAUGCUUUGGUUCCUGGACUAGUAUUCUAUAAUUUUUUUCGUAUCUCCAAUAUUUUCGGAGAUAUUUUGAAGAAAAAGUAAAAAAUAUGAAAUUACAAAAAAUCAAUUUAUUUUUAAUCUCCAAUUUUUCUAAAAUUAUGCCUUUUAAAUAGAUCAAACUUUUUGGGUGUAUUGAUAAUACAUAUAAAAAAAUUACAAAAGGGUGAAAAUAAAUUUUAAUUAGGAGGAUAGUUAGCGGGUUGUUUUCACUGAUUAUUUUGUACAAAAGUAGGUAUCUAGCGACGUUAUUUUUAUCAUAAGUCGCCUAAUUUUUAUGGUAGAAAAUUUUUUCUUUUUAUUAAUCUACUAAUAAUUAUAUACUUGAAAAAAGAUUAUGUAAGUUUACCUCGCAAAAUGCAGUUUUCCCAUUAUUUCGCUUCGAAUAAUUCAAAUUAUGCAUGUGAUGAAAAAAGCUAACCUUUAGGCAGGCGGCACAUCAAAGAAACAUGAAACGUAAAUUACGUUUCAUGGAAAUAAAACACUGCUAAACAAAUAUACGUCCGGCCAUUUAUGAAACUCUCCGAAAAGAAAAAUGUGUCAUGAGCAUGAAUCACACUUGUUUCAUUGGUAGACGGACUUCAAGAUUUGUUUAGCCGUGUUUAAUUUUCAUCAAACGUGUUUUACGUUUCAUGUUUCAUGUUUUUCGUUUCAUGUUUCGUUGGUGUACGGCUUGCCUUAACAUACCUUCUCUCGGUUCGUGUUAGUUGGAGAAAAAUUAAAGAAAAAAGGAUUUUUUUAUCUUUGUAAAAAAUACAAUUUUUAUAAUUACAGUUUUUUUGAUUAUCUGCAUCUUUUUUGAGUUAUUCUCAAAAAACCCUCUAAAAAAAGUCGAUUUUUUCGUCGAAAACCAUUAACUUUCAAGCGCAAAUAACUUAAAAUAUUAGUUUUACGACGAAAACUUAAAGAGCAUUUUUUUCUUAGAAUUAUGUUUUACAUCGAUUUCCAUGGUUAAAAUGUAGAGAAAAAUUCUCACGCCCGAGAUGGGGUGGCAACCACCCUCAAGGUUUUCGCGUAUAGUGGUAUGAUAUAGAAAAUUAUUCUUGGUUAUAUUCCUUACCAUCUGCGAAAAUUUCAAGUAAAUCCAUGCUGGACGAAAAAAAUGGCGAGCCAAAAUGGUUCAUUUCCUGGCCUAUAAUUGGUUGUGUUACUUAGCAUCUUAUACAAUAUGGCCUGUGUAGCGAAACCACAAAGUGUUAUUAACGCUUCUGCCAGUUUUUUCAAACUUCAACUUAUCAAUAAUUUAGAAAGCUAGUGUAAGACUAAUAAUGACAUUGCAUCAGAAACAAUACUCGAUAAAGUCAGAACACAAGCAUUGAUUUUAGCAUGUUUAUUAAAAGCAUUUGAAAAAUUCAAUUUAUUUUGUAUAUCUAAUAACCCCUUAAGGUACGCGCUCGACUCUUACACGAGCGUGCCAUACUGGCAAUUUUGUACACGCUCGACCCUGACACGAGCAACCAUUAAAUUUUAAUCUUUCCGCAAAAAAUAAAAUCGGCAAUUUCGGAUAAAAAUCGGCAAUUUUAAGCACUCGAGUGUACUUCGGUAAGAUUAUUUCAUGAAUAAAACUGUAUUUAUAAAAAUAAUUUUUACUAACAUUUUAUUGAUACCUUCGUCUGAAUAUUUCCUUGCUGGGCAACAAGCUUUCGAAAAAUUGUCGGAUUAUUGUCACUUUAUUCUCACUGUCUUGUGAUAUUAAUAUUGAUAAUGUAUUUAUUAUAUUGAAUAUUAUAAUAUUAAAAUUUUAAAAAUAAUCAGAUUUUAUACUUGAAUUUUAUACAAUAACCACGGUAUACUUUAUAGGAAUAAAUGUAAUUAAAACCAUUGAAGUAACCUUAAUGUUUAUUUAUUAUAUUUUUAAAAUUUCAAAUAAUAUUAUGUACUGUACUAAUAAAACAUAUUAAAUUUUAUAA